GUUAUAAAGCUGGCUCUUUUCCCCACUGUCAAAGAUAGACAGAGGAUCGAACAUGUCUGCAAAAGAAAGACAAAAAGGGAAGGUGACCAAAGACAGCGUUACCUUGUUGCCUUGCUUCUAUUUUGUUGAGCUCCCGAUCCUGGCGUCGUCAGUGGUCAGCCUGUACUUCCUGGAGCUGACGGAUGUGUUCAAGCCUGUGCGCUCGGGCUACAGCUGCAAUGACCGCAGCCUGAGCAUGCCCUACAUCGAGCCCAUGCAUGAGGUGGUGCCAUUCCUCAUGCUGUUCAGCCUGGCCUUCUCUGGACCUGCUGUCACGAUAAUGAUUGGAGAAGGGAUUCUGUACUGCUGCCUAACCAGGAGAAGAAUCGGAGGAGGAGGGGGUGCGGAGGCCAACAUCAAUGCAGCUGGCUGCAACUUCAACUCCUACAUCCGCCGAGCCGUCAGGUUUGUAGGGGUUCACAUAUUCGGACUCUGUGCCACCGCCCUCAUCACCGACAUCAUCCAGCUGUCGACCGGCUACCACGCGCCCUACUUCCUCACCGUCUGCAAGCCCAACUACACCACGCUCAACACCUCCUGCGAUGAGAACACCUUCAUCAUGGAGGACAUCUGCUCUGGAGCCGAUCCGGCUGUCCUCAACGCGGGCAGGAAGUCUUUUCCAUCCCAGCAUGCAACCCUGGCAGCCUUUGCGGCCGUGUAUGUCUCUAUGUACUUCAACGCUACCCUGACGGACUCUACCAAGCUGCUGAAACCCCUGCUGGUCUUCUCCUUCAUCAUAUGUGCCAUCAUCUGCGGACUGACUCGCAUCAUCCAGUUCAAAAACCACGCCAUAGACGUCUACUGUGGCUUCCUCAUAGGAGGCGGGGUAGCCGUCUAUUUAGGCCUGUAUGCUGUAGGCAACUUCCAACCCAGUGAGGACACCUCGAUCCAGCAGGUUCCGGUCCGAGACCCCAUCCGUUCGCUGACAGACCUCAGCCAGGAGGUGGGACGCCACCUCCAGGUCAAGAACGGGGGCGGAGGCGGGCCGGACGGCCUGCCCCCGCACGCUAACGCCACCCUCACCCGCAACCCGCGCGACGCUAGCAUGGGCAACCUGAAGCGAGCCAGCGCCGAUGUGGAGAUACUCAGCCCCCGCAGCCCGAUGGGGAAGGAGAGCAUGGUGACCUUCAGCAACACCCUGCCCAGGACCCACACCCCGGCCGUGGAAGAGGUCCCAUCCCGCCGCAACGCCAGCAUCCAUGCCUCCAUGGACUCCACCCGAUCCAAGCAGCUGCUCUCGCAGUGGAAGACCAAGAACGAGAGCCGCAAGCUGUCCCUGCAGGUGAUGGAGACGGAGGCUGGCCACUCCCCGCAGAGGAGCAUCGAGAUGCGCUGCAACUCGGAGCCCGUCCGCGUGGGUGUCAAUGGCGAGCACCACCCGCCCGGCAGCCAGUACGUCAAGCUUCCCACGGCCGGCGGCAUACCUCUCAUGCCCAACAACGCCAGCGGGAUGGUCGGCGGAGCCCGGGUCUCCAUCCAGUCCCGCCCGGGCUCCUCCCAGCUGGUCCACAUCCCCGAGGAGACGCAGGAGAACGUCAUCGCCUCGCCCAAGGGCGGCUCGGCCCGCUCCAAGUGGCUGAAGGUGGCGGAGAAGAGCGGGGUGUGCCGGGCCAACAGCCAGCCCAGGAUAAUGCAGGUCAUCGCCAUGUCCAAGCAGCAGGGCCUCCUGCAAGGCAGCCCCAAGAGCUCGGAGGGGAGCACGGUCAGCUGCACCGGGUCCAUCCGGUACAAGGCGCUGACCGACCAGGAGCCCGGCGGGAUCGUGCGGGUGGAGGCGCACCCGGAAAACAGCCACUGCCGGCCCGUGGUGCAGCCGCCCUCCACCGACGGGAGCGGCUCCUGGAAGUGGAAGCCCCAGGAGAGGCCCAGCCUCCGGCAGUCCUUCGAGCUCAAUGACCUGAACCGGGAUUCGGAGAGCUGCGAGUCGCUGAAAGACGCCUACGUCCCCAUCCCUGUGCCCGGCCCCAUGGAGCGCAGAAGGCCCUGCUCCGGCCCGGACCUGGGCUCCAACCACCACCAUCACUUCCACCACCACCACCACCACCCGCACGGGAUCACCACCAUCCGGGUGACCCCCGUGGAGGGCAGCGAGGCCGCUUCCGAGACCCUGUCCAUCGCAUCCAGCCGGGACUCCACCCUCCGGAGGAAAGGAAACAUCAUCCUCAUCCCAGACCGGGGCACCAGCCCAGACAACACCCGGAACAUCUUCUUCAAAGGGACAUCGCUGAGUCCGGUUUUCAAGGAGUGAGCCGCCCCCUCACUCCCCCAACCACUACCUUUGUACGUGGCCUUGAUCUGUGGAUUUACAAAAAAGAGCCAAUUGUGCAGCCUGUCAUCUUUGGAAACACCCCUCCAACUCCCCUUAGUUCUCGAAGAGUACAGUACAAGCCAAUCCAUCAUUCACCUUUUUUGAGAUACUGCUUUUUCUAUUACAGAAGCUGUAUUGUGCAUGUCUCAAUGAUUUGAUUUUGUUUUUAAUUAGUUUUUAUACUAACACAAAAGCACAAUCUAUUGUGAUGCUCUCUGAAGGUUUUUUUUUUUUUUUUUGCUUGUUUCAGCCAAAAUUGAACGUGGUCUACCUAAAAACCUCUGAAGGGUUCCGUAUCGUGCCAAAUUCCUUGAAACAUGCAGGAGAAGGUGUGCUUUUUUUAAAUAAUUCACUUUUGUCCAGUGCUCUUUCUUUAACUUUCAACCCUCUCUACAGCCACACAGCUUGGCACUCUUCUCCUGGCAGUGUUUAGGUGCUGUGAAAAAGAAUUUCAUACUGAAACUAUUCUGAAAAAAAGAUAUAUUUUUUUCAAUGUAAAUAUUUAUACUGAACACCUGGUGAGCUAGAGCACCACCCUUAUUGAAAUUUGUCAAUACGUCAAAUUUGAUAGUAUAAGAACAAUAAUAUUUAUGAAUUAAUUUUACUAUUUAGUUUUGAACUAAAUGAAUAAAGUAGAUACAAAUAUUUUAACCAGAACAUAUUAAUUCACAAGAGAAAAUUUCUGGAUACAACAUAAUAUGAUUGCUGUGUGGCUUUUGAGUUGAUAACUUUGUGUAUCCAUACUGGUAUGGUGCCCCUCACCGUAUUACCCAAAUAUUAUAGAUUGCUUACAUUUUAUCAUUCAUCAUACCUGAUUGUAUCAGUACAAUACGGGCUACAGGUAAAAGGACAUGGCAUAUUUUUUUCACUUUUGUGGUUGCUGUACUAUAGAUAUCUCUGAACAAUGCAUUGAUAUGGAAUAUGCUGAACAUUUGCCCAAACAAAAUGCCCUGCAUUUUUUCAGCAGCCAAGUGCAGUUGUGUUAACAUAACUAUUCUAAAAUAUAUCCAUUCCCAAGAUUGGAAAUGCAAUGAAUGCUCAAGAUUCAAAAUCAAAUGCAUUCCCUGGAUUGCAAAUUAAGUGUGAACACAUUGGGCAGAACACAACUAUUGCCUGCUUUGUAGUCUAGGUCAAAAUAAUGCAUUGCAUUUGUAAAACCACUUUUCCUUCAAUUUUAUUUUGUACAAUGCAAUACCACAGUUUUAUCUUAUUUUAUCAUAUGUGACUUUCUAGUACUGCAUCAAUAUUCUCCAAUUGUAUUAUGGUACAUGAAUGCCUAAUGCAAAAUGUAAAAGAAAAUACUGGCUUAGCUUCACACUUGUAUAUAUGAUAUUUCUAUUUACGCAGUGUAGUGUGUUCUUCUAUGGAAUCCUAACUAAACAAUGGGUCUAGGCAUAAUUUGUUCAUUUUGCUUUUGAAUCUGAAAUGGAAAUUGUCUUGUGAAGAGGUUAAUUAGUUUAACAUACUUUAUAUUAUACUAUUUAUUGAUUGUCACCAUGUCAAUUUGUAUGUAAAGGAAUUUAUAUCAGAACAAACAAAAUACAAUUUUGAGGGCAAGAGCAUACUAAACAGACUGCAUGUCAUUCUCAAUUAAGAACGUACAGUAUUUGUUACUCUAUAUUCAUUAUGCAUUUAUGAUGAUUCAGUCAUUGGGAUGAUUACCCCAAAUUCUUCAUCAAGUUAUUCCAAUGUUCUUAAUCCUUUGUUUUUGUUUUUGUUUUCCAACACAGCAAGCAUUUUUUCGUACACAGCACACAGUUUUCUAACACAUUCUUAUGUCUGUCUUGGUCAGUUGAAUUUGUUGUAGAAAAAUGUCAGAAAAAAGAACUUGAAAAUAGUGGCACUCUAAAUGCCCCAAGUUUUUUCUGAAAUUGAAAGACAACGAACGUACAAUGCGAAUUGUUUCUUUGUCCAGAGUUGCAUGUUCACACAUGCAUACUUUACACAUGCUACACACACGUGCACUCACACACUCAUGCACACACACAUGCACAGUGUAAUAUUGUAAAAUCAAGUGAGUCAUCCACCAUACUCUAGGAACUACAUAAAGAUAUGUAUGUGUUCUGUAUUCUUCUGAACUCUAAUGCUCUGCUCUCACAGUCUUUUUCAAGUGCAACCUGCCAUUUGUACAUGAAGCAGAACAAGCAAAGUCUGAAAUACUCUUGUAGAUUUUGCAGUUCAGUAAAAUGGCAAGGUAAAGUGGUAGCGAUUGUUACCAGCCAAAUGAGCCCAUCAUCUGUGUCCUCUUCUUUCCAUCUGGAAUUUAGGGAUGCCUAACAUUUCUGCUCCUAUGUCUCUGUACAAGGUUAAACUUUUUCAUGGGGGUGUUAUAGUGCAGAUUCCUUGUUGUCCUUUCUUGUUCUGUAUUUACAAAGUUGCACUUAAAGUAAACCGCUCACAAUCAUCUCUCACUCAAGUGCUGAAAUAUUAUUGUUUACAAUAAGUGCAACAGUCAUCAUACUGUGUAGUGUGUGAGUUGUAUAUUUGCCAUUGGUUUUCACUGAAGCUUGCCAAAAAAGGAAUGUACAAAUAAUGUUUUGCUACAAUAUAGGAAGGUUAUAUAAGAGACCAUGAAUGGAUCCAUUAUUUUCAUGCUGAUUGACAAUACUUUGACUUAUUUUUAUGUUUUCAGUUGAGGAUUUCGUGACAUUACUAUAUAUUUUUAAAAGUCUGUGCCAAAAUGUUUUAUUAAAGGUGACACAUCAGUUGUUAAGGGUGUGAUAGUGUAAAUAUAAAAUCCAAAAUGAAGGAAUAUAUCUCAAAUAAAUGUCAAAAUAUAAUGCAGAUGUUAGAAACUAUGUCAUUUGUCACCACUUUCUUAAAAGUGAUAUUAUGUAUAUCUUGUAGAAUGUAUUCCUAUAUUUUGUAUUUGAUAUUCUGCCAUAUAUUGACAUAUAUAUACAUUUUUCACAGGGUCACAAAGAUUUAUAUAUACCUGUAUUCUGGUAACUUAAAAUAAUUUCAACUGUUGUGGUCUCUGCAGUCAUUUAAUACAAAACUAAAGGCUUUUUUAAAAUGAUAACUUUAUUUGCCAUUGGCUGGUACCUUGAUUUAUACUUACCAUGGAUUGGUCAAUCAAGUGUUUAACCUUUGUACCACUGUAAAUAAAUAUUUGUUACUUUGAUAGAGAAAAUACAUGUGGCAGCAUAUUUCAGACAGUGACUCCAAUAAGUAAGAUAAGAUGAUGCUUAUUUAUUUUAUUUCAUUUUUUUAAAGAUGCGUGUGUGUGAGUGUGGUUGUUGGAUGCCUCUGUAUAUAAGCUUUAGACCAUUGUUCCACAGUGUUUUACUAGCAAACAUCAUUAGCUUCUGUUGGUCGGCGUGGGAAACAAGACAGUGGCUUCGCAAGCAAAUGGAGUGGCACAUCAGCAUAGCUUCAUGACCACUUCCAGGAAAUGGAACAAGAAAAAACUUUGGGAAAGAUUUUUGGAGCUGGCUGCAUUUGGCCUUCAAUCUUUCCUGGGCUGACAUGAGGAAGUUGUGAUUUGUCUGACGAAUGAAAUAAAUGUUUGCUAUUAAAAAGAAA